GCCCGUAUCAGCCUAUGCGCUCUUCUUCCGCGACACUCAAGCGGCCAUCAAGGGCCAGAACCCGAACGCCAGCUUUGGCGAAGUUUCGAAAAUUGUCGCCGCCAUGUGGGACGCGCUGGACUCCGAACAUAAAAAUGUGUACAAGAAGAAAACCGAGGCGGCCAAAAAGGAGUAUCUGAAGGCGUUGGCGGCCUACAGGGCCAGUCUGGUGUCGAAAGGGGCGGGCGACGGCGACGGCGGCCCCCUCUAUGGAAACUACGGCAACUAUGCAGCCGGCCCGCCCGGUGGCUCCCCCUAUGGCGGCUACCAGCCCCAAGGCGCCAUUCCGUCGCCCCCGAUCUCGUCGGGCGGCCACACCCCGCCCUCGCAGUCCCCGAUCAAUAAGAAGCCGCCUUCGAUGAUGGGCGGCAUGGGCGGGGCCUCGCCCGCCCAUCCGGGCAUGAUGCCGUCGCCCAUGGGCGGCCACAUGACGAUGCAGCAGCACAUGCAGCAGCAACAGCAGCAGCACAGUAGUUAUAUGCAACAGCAGCAGCAGCAGCAGGCGCAGCAGCAGGCGCAGCAGCAGCAGCAACAACAGCACAUGCCGCUCAGCCCCCAUCAAGUGCCGGUGUCCCCCCACAAUGCGCACAUGCAGCAACAGCAGCCCCAACAGCACAUGAGCCCCCCACCAAUGGGGGGAUCGAGCUCCCCGCCCGUUUCACAG